GCUCCUGGCUUUUUUGCUGGCAGGUUUGUCCAGUUCCUUCGGAGGCAGAGCAGGAGCCGGGGCGAGCGGAGUUGCUCCUUUCCUCUCCCGAUCCUGCUCUUUCCUUUCCUCCCAAAGUCCGGGAAAGAAAAGGGGGAAGGAAGAAGAAGAAAAGAGAGAGAGAAACGACAAGAAAAGCCGGAAAAGGGAGAGCGAGAAAGACUUGCAGCUUUGACUGGAGGAAGAAGCGGUGCGCAGAAGGAGGAACCGAUCCCCGCCGACGGCUGUGCGUCAAAGGGGAUGCAUUGGGGGAGAUCACUUGUAGGGCUCGCUGUUGGGACUUUGGGGGCUGGGAGUGCCGGCUCUUCGCCCUUGCCAUGCGGAGAGAGGGGUCUCUGAGCCUCGCUGUCCGGGAGCGUCCGGACUGGUCUUUUCAAGCUGGGAGCGACGGGGCGGCGGAGCCUCUGUGGUGCUGAGAUGGACAGCUCCUCCUGGCCCCUGAACGGCUCCUCCGAGACCCCCGAGAAGCCCCCCGGGGGAGGCGAGCAGCUCUUGGGCCGCUUCUCCACCCUCUGGGCCAUCGUCCUGGCCGUCCUCAUGGCCCUGCUCAUCGUGGCCACCGUGGUUGGCAACGCCUUGGUGAUGCUGGCCUUCGUGGUGGACUCCAGCCUGAGGACCCAGAACAACUACUUCCUCCUCAACUUGGCCAUCUCGGAUUUCCUAGUAGGUGCCUUUUGCAUCCCAUUGUACGUACCCUACGUAAUAACGGGGAGAUGGACCUUCGGGAGAAGCUUUUGCAAGCUCUGGCUGGUGGUUGAUUAUCUGCUGUGCACCACUUCGGUCUUCAACAUUGUAUUGAUCAGCUAUGACAGAUUCCUCUCUGUGACAAGAGCAGUCUCGUAUAGAGCACAGCAAGGAGAUACCAGUCAAGCAGUGUUCAAGAUGGUGAUGGUUUGGAUCUUGGCCUUCCUGCUGUAUGGACCUGCCAUUAUUAGCUGGGAAUACAUAUCUGGUGGGAGCAUCAUACCUGAUGGGGAAUGUUAUGCCGAAUUUUUCUACAACUGGUAUUUUCUUAUCACAGCUUCCACAAUUGAGUUUUUCACCCCUUUCAUCAGUGUGACAUUUUUCAACUUGAGCAUUUACCUGAACAUCCAGAAACGCACCAAAGUCCGCUUGGAUGUACUCAACGAGACCCAAAACCAGAACUUCAUGGAAGAGAUAGAAAUGAGCCAAGAAGCCCAGAUUUCCAUGAAAUGCUGCAAAUGGGAACCGAAAGACACAGCACAAACUCUGGAAGUUCCAAAGUGGAACAACCAAGAAGAAAUCAGCAGAGGGAGUACAAAUGUGAAAUCUUCACUGGACUCUAAUACUGAGAGCUCAAGGUCUCCCAUUGACAAAAUGAAACCUCCAAGCAAAAAGAUUUAUAAAGACGCAGUGUCCACUCACUCAUUGGAGAAACGGGUGACGGUGGCUUCACAGAACAUGUCACAGCGUUUUAGGCUCAAAAGGGACAAAAAAGUAGCCAAAUCGCUGGCAGUGAUUGUGGGCAUUUUUGGUCUCUGUUGGGCACCAUAUACCCUUCUCAUGAUUAUCCGAGCUGCCUGUCAUGGCCACUGCAUCCCUGAAUAUUGGUACGAGACCUCUUUUUGGCUCCUGUGGGUCAACUCAGCCAUCAACCCCAUCCUUUACCCACUCUGUCACUACAGCUUCAGGAGAGCUUUCGUUAAACUAUUGUGUCCCAAGAAAUUAAAGAUCCAGCCUCACAACUCUUUCCAGAAAUGCUGGAAGUGACCUUUUUCGAUCCAUUAUAAGGUUAGAAAGGGCAUGUUAUCUUGUGUUGUUCUACAGUGCUUUACUUUUUUUGAGAGGCGUGAUAAUAUAGCUGUCAGGAGCUGUGGAUUUAACAGUCUUAUACUGUUCAGUGAGAUACAGCUACAAGAUAGCUGCGUCUUACUGUGAGUUGAGCUAGGGUAGACCUAAUGCUUAAAUCUGUGCUCUCCAAGUCCAUGCAUAUAAUGAGGAGGAAUUCAUGCUACUUAGAUAAACGGGCCUUUCUUAGAAGCAAAGCAUUAGAUUCAAAAUUGGUUAUCCUCAAACACCAAUUUCAUUGAAGUCAACAUACCAGACUUAUGUUAGUCACUACUUAUUUAAGAUGGAUUGAUUUCAGCGUGGAGCCAUUAAGAAACGAUUAAUUUUGGGUCAAGCCCAAAAGGAUGAGAAGGAAAAAUUCAGGGCUGGUCCAAGACAUUUUGCUGCCUGAAAGACAAAAGACAAGAUCCUAAGCCCUCCUUCAGUACUAGAUAUCACUCCUCAUGCCUAGAGGCAGAAGCCUGGAUAUAGCACAAGCAAUUCUGUCCUCCAGCUCAACCUUACCAUUUGCUUUGCACUGCUUUUACCACUGCAUGUCUCAGAUGGAAACACAAUUGUGCAUCACGUAAGCAGAUCACCCCAUGCAUACCAUGCGAUGCCUUCUGGUUGGGAAGCUCUGGGCUAGUUGGGCUGCUUUCAUUGGUAUCUAUUCCAACAGAGAUAUCAUGAUGUGAUGGGAGAAGAUGCUUAGAUUAGACAGAUAGCCCAAGCCAACAACAGCCAAGGCCUACUGUUGCCCUGGAGUUGACUCAAAAGGUUGAGAUUGACAAGAGACAUUGGAGGAUGCUGAUGCUGUGGGGCGAUUGCUUCAUUCUAUCUAGGGGUAGAACCAGCCCUUUUAUUAGCUGUGGAUUAAGUCAAGUAUUUUCUUGCCUGAUUACUGGAGGCUGAUAAUAGCCUUCAACAUAUGAACAAUGAGCCAACAAUGAGUCCAACAAUGAGCAAUGAUCCCUAUAUACCAGUGGUUCCCAACCCUUUUUUUGACCAGGGACAACUUGACCAGGGACCACUUUGACCAGGGACUACUCUUCAACAUUAGUACCAAAAGGGUUAUGAAUCAGUUUUUGGUCAACUUUAAAUUUGUUUUGGUUAUUUGGGAUACUGAUUCAGAAAAUUGCAUUGGAUAGACCACAUCAGCUCUAGUUUCUGAUACAGAACAUAUGGCAUCCAGUAGUCACCAUCUGCUCACCACAGAAAACUAUAUUUAAUAAUCUAGAGCUGAUGUGGUUUAUCCAAUGCAAUUUUCUGAAUCAGCACCCCAAAUAACCCCAGGAACAGGCCUAAAAAUGAAGACACCAAGGCACCUUUGCUUCCAGGCGCCAUAUGGAACGUCUGCACUCAGGGAGAGAGAGGAGGAGGAGAAGCAGCAGUCAGGAGGCUUGUUGUCAUGCCUUUCAUGGGUAGUCAGCCUCUCCGCACCCAACAUCCCUGUUGUCUUGGCACUAUAAAAGGGUUUUGCUAGACCAGUCACUCUCGUUGCAAUGGUGUAGUAAUGGUGAGGUUGCGGACCAUAUUUUAGUGCUUGCGGACCACUGCUGAUUCACGGACCACAGGUUGGGAACCACUGCUAUAGACCUUUCACAGUCACUAUACUGGCCAAGGAAAUUCUGCAAAGAGUCCUGGGGCAAUUUUUCAAAAUCCUAGAUUAUCAAAAAAUAUGAAAUACUGUCAUAAAUUGCCUCUUCCUUGCUCCAUCCCAUUCCUCAUGGUAGCUGAUGGUUCCCAGGUCAUUGAGGCAGUGAAUCCAUUCUGAUCUUUAACCAGACUUUAAAGGAGUUACCCAUAUGGUGAAGCUAUUUUGUGCCUCUAAAGUUCAAACUGAAACCUAGAACACAAUUGCCACUCUUCUCCCACACUAGCUGUGCCUCCUAUGUCACUUGGGCUAGCUCUGUAGCUGUACUGUAAAAUUAACAGAGUUUUACACCACUUUAAUUGGCAUGGGCCAAUGCUAUGGGAUCACGGUAGUAGUUGUUUGAUUAGGCACCAGCACGCUUUGGUAGAAAAAGCUAAAACUCUUGUAAAACUAUAACUCUCAUGAUUCUAUAGCACUGAGCCUUGUUAAUUAAAGUGGUCAGCUCUGGUUGCUUGACUAACAUCACAAACCAAUGCUAUAAUGGUAUAAAAUACAUGCACAGUAGAGUCUCACUUAUCCAAGACUCGCUUAUCCAAGGUUCUGGAUUAUCCAAGGCAUUUUUGUAGUCAAUAUUUUCAAUAUAUCAUAUUUUGGUGCUAAAUUCGUAAAUACAGUAAUUACAACAUAACAUUACUGCGUAUUGAACUACUUUUUCUGUCAAAUUUGUUGUAUAACAUGAUGUUUGGUGCUUAAUUUGUAAAAUCAUAAACUAAUUUGAUGUUUAAUAGGCUUUUCCUUAAUCCCUCCUUAUUAUCCAAGAUAUUCACUCAUCCAAGGUCUGCUGGCUCAUUUAGCUUGGAUAAGUGAGACUCUACUGUAUUGUCAUUGCCCAUAUGAUGUUGUACAUAUAGAAAUAUAUGUUGGAAAAUAUAAGACCCUGGCGAACAUGCUAUUAUUAGAUUGUGCAGCAUAAAUCUCCUCUUAUUAGCUGUGGAUAAGGUCAAGUAUUUUCUUGCCUAGAAAAUUACACAUUGAUUAUAUUACAUGGCCCUUGUUUUGAACAGCUACAGUGUAAAAUUGAAUGUAUGUCUGAAGAUACAAUCAAACACACAAUCAAAUGUGCAAGCACAACUGCACCAGAGUGCAACUCCAUUUCUAUCUUGAAAUGAAUUGAGAUGUUGUGUAGAAUAAUGUAGAAUAAUGGUCAACUGGGGUGCUGUGAGUUUUCCGGGCUGUAUGGCCAUGUUCCAGAACUUUGGUCCUCUCACCUCUGCAGGAGUUUACCAUAUACAUACAAUGCAGCUGUGGACAAGUCUACAUAGGGAUCACCAAACACAAACCAAGGAACAUGAAAGGCGCUGCAGACUAAUUCAACCAGAGAAGUCAGCCAUAGCAGAGCACUUGAUGAACCAGCUUGGACACAGCAUAUUAUUUGAGAACACAGAAAUGCUGGACCACUCUAACAACCACCAUGUCAGACUACACAGGGAAGCCAUUGAAAUCCACAGGCAUGUGGACAAUUUCAACAGAAAGGAGGAAACCAUGAAAAUGAACAAAAUCUGGCUACCAGUAUUUUUAAAACUCUAAAACCAGGACAGUAAAUAAAGAACAACACUCAGAAGACAGAGAUUUCCAGAGAAGAAGCAAUCAGGGCCAGUUAACACCUCCCAACAAAGGAAUCCCCCAGGCAGGAAGCAGCCAGGCUUUGAAGCGACAAGGAUAUUCAAUGCUAAUCAAGCUGGCCAAUUGCAACAUUCACGCUUGCUUCAGGCAGACAAGAGUUAUUUCUCCCACCUUGAACACUCCACAGAUAUAUAAAUCCCAUUUGCCUAGUUUCCAACAAACCUCACAAUAUCUGAGGAUGCCUACCAUAGAUGUGGGAUCAGGAGAAAAUGCUUCCAAAACAUGGCCAUACAGCCUGGAAAACUCACAGCAACCCAGUGAUUCUGGCCAUGAAAGCCUUCGCCAAUGCAAUGCUUAAUUGCACAUAGAAACAAGUAGACAUCCUGCUAGCAACCUGUUUUCUAUGAAGUUUUCAGGUGCUAGCAGGACUUUUUAGUGCCAUUCCAUCCAAUACAAUGCUUGUCAUCAAAACCCAAAUAUCAGCCUAUGUACGAACAAGAUUCAAGCAUUCAACUUGAGAGAAAGAGAAAGGGAAGAGAGAAAGGAGACCAGGGAGAGGCAACCACCCAUCUGUAUCUAUCUUUAAGGGAGGGAAUCAUUACUUUUUUAAACAAUAGAUUUCUAUUAAUGCUGCUGCUUUGAAUCACAUUACUAUCAGGAUUUAAAAAGAUAUCUGUGUAGGUGUGUUUUACUGUUUGCCCCAUGUUUUUUCUUCUAUGGCCAGCGUGGUACCAUUGGAAAGCUGGUGGAAGCAGCUUUCAUUACAAUAGUUUUGAAGUUUUAACAUUUCGUUCUGAAGCUUAGAGAUUUAUUGUCGUCAAGAAGCCCAUGAAGAUUGAAGGAUGAAAAGAACGAAAGGUGUUAUAUAGUGACGAAUUUCCAUUACAUUAUUACUUCUUGAGGUGAGCCUCCAGCUCUCCUCACUUAUCUUCCUUCUUGUGGAUGGAUGGCAAAGGAACAAAAAUCCCAUAUUCAUCCUACAGAUCCUGGGUGGUGGGUGGGUGGGAACAAUAGCUCUUGUCUGUCAACUUUAAUAAGUGUUUCCGCAACCUCCAGUUGUAUUUUUUGCUCUGGCUAAGUCACUUUGAUCAGAUGCUGAUGCAUGCCUGGUUUUGAAAAUAGCUGCCUUUUAAAAUAGACAUUUCCACAAAGGAAUCACUUCCAUUUUAAAAAAUAAAAUUGUUAUUCUUGCAUGUGAAAGAUUAGUGGUAACACUUUAAAAGAAAGAAGGCUGGUGUCACUUCCAGUUUGCUCAAGGUGGCUUGUAAAUUACUUUCAAGCAUUAACUUCAUAUUGUCAGUAGCCUCUUAGAGACCCCAAAACUCCCAGUCCCACUCAAUUUGAUUUUUUUGGCUGAUAAGCAUUUUUUAAAACUCCCAAACAAACACUAAAUUAUUACUAUGUUAGAUCUCUUUCCCCUCCAAACAGCAGGAAAUUGGCAUCUUCAGGGUGAUUGUCAGAAUUGGAAGUGACAUAACAUUGCUUCUAGGAGUAACAUAUGGCUUGUGGGGAAUUAUAGAGGGGAAUAGCCCCUGACCCCUUUGUAGUAGUUCAAUUAGUCGAAAAAUACCUAAAAACACUGGAUUUUGCUCUUACAAUGAACCUGUGAGAUAGGCCAGGUAAGUGAGUGAAAAUGUUUGGAACCUCAUUGCAUCCGCAGCUGAGGAGGGAUGUAAAUUCAGAUCCCUUUAGUUCCACUCUAGUAAAUUUAUUGCAACACCAUGUUAUGGCUCACAUCCCGUUAGUGACAUCUGCACAGGUAUAUUCUCCUUACACAUGCAUAUGUUCUUUUUUGGAUAAUGAGGGGGUUGAUUUUCUCUUCUUCCUCUACAGACCCAAAAGCACCUGCUUCGCUUACUGAAAAGACCCAAAGUGGCCAUUCAGUGUUUGACGGUGAGCCAGCAGGUUUGCAGAGGCAUCUGGCUAUGACAGAUGCAAAAUGGUGAUGUCAGUACUGAGAGCCAAUGGAGUCUUCUGUGGGUCUCAGUGCUGCUGUAAUUUCACAUCUGGCUAUGGGAAUGUAGUCGGAUACUUCUGCAAUCCUGUUUGCUUACCAUGGAAUAGCCAUGCAGGAUGGCUUCAAGGGCUUUUCAGUAAAUCAUGUGGGGAACCCUACAUGUCUCAACUUGGCAUGUAGAUCCAAUAUGCUACACUGAGCUCUACAGGUAUGCAAUUUAAGGCUGACAUUCUGCUGGUGAUUCCCAAUUAGAUCUAAAAGGACAUUGGGUUCCCCUAAAAUAUGAAGACCAAAAUCCACUGCUCGUGAUGAUAUGAAAAUAAACAAACUCAAUGUAUAUCAAAAAAUCUCAAUGAUAUCCAAAAAACAGGACUGUCCCAAUCACAUAUAAGUAGAAAUCAGCGGUUCUUCUCUUGAAGUAUAAGGACAAGUUUUUCAUGUGAGUAAAUGUCCUGUUCUUUAUUAUAUGAGUAGACUCCAGUUUCCAUAUAACUUGACUCAAACCUGCAACCGGUUUCGACUCACAGGAGUCUUCGUCAGGCGGUUGGGUCUACAAAUAAUACACAUCAUAAAUAUAUACUUGCAAACCAUUGAGAUUUUUGGAUAUACAUUGAGUUUGUUUGUUUAUUUUCAUAUCACCACGAUUCCCAAUUAGACCCAUUCUAGUCGGUUAUUGAAUGACGAGUCAGCAUUUAAUUCAUUGGGUCUACUGUAGCCAAAAUUAAUACAAUUCAGGCCAUAGAAUCGUAGAGUUGGAGGAAACCACAUGGGCCAUCCAGUUCAACCCCCUGGCAUGCAGGGAAAGCACAAUCAAAGCACUCCUGACAGAUGGCCAUCCAGCCUCUGUUUAAAGGCAUCCAAAGAAGGAGCUAUCGUUACACUUUGAGGCAGAGAGUUCCACUGUUGAACAGCUCUUCAGGUCAGGAAGUUCUUCCUAAAGUUCAGGUGGAAUCUCCCUGUGAUUUGAACCCAUUGCUCCCAGUCCUAGUUUCCAGGGCAGCAGAAAACAAGCCUGCUCCUUCUUCCUUUCAGAUAUUUAUACAUGGCUAUCAUGUUGCCUCUCAACCUUCUCUUCUGCAGGUUAAAUAUCCCCAGCUCUUUAAGCCACUCCUCAUAGUAAUGUUAAUCAGGCAAGCUUGUCUUAUUGAUGUGCUUUCCUUGUUGCUGCACAUGAGGAGGCCUGUGCAAGAUCAGACCAAAGCUCAUAUAGGCUAAAUCGUGGUCUCUAAAUCUUCCUUCAUGUUUAGUGAGUCAUAUGUGAUGCACCACAGCUGCAGAUCAAUAUAUAUAUUGAUCCAAAUGAAAUACUUCUCUGCAUCCUCCCUUUGAAUGUUCAUUCAUCUCCUGAAUGCCAAAAAACUGAGAUGGAAAAAGAAGGCACUAUUUUGCCAAUACACAUUAACUGAGGAGAUAAAAUGAUCAACUGCAUAUAGACACCAUGCAAAUAUUAGGUACAUGGAGAGAGGGGAUGUGUUUUGAAUUCAUUCUUAUGUCUGUUUGCUUUCAUUUUAAAUUCAGUGUGGUCUGUUGCCUUGAUAUACUAAUUUUUGGUAAAAGAUUGGGAUAUGGGUUUAAUCAAUAUAGGCCAGAAUCCUAUUAUCAGAUGAAUCUCUUUCUGUCAGCAGUUAGACUGUGGAUGAAUUGCAUGAAGGUCAGGCUAGGUGAAGGUCAAGCCAGCAGAGCUUACUUACAGACUAUCCAUGCUGCAAAAUUAUAGCAAUUGUCACUUUAAUUACAAUUUAAUUACCAUCCUAUGGAAGCCUGGGGUGUGUUGUCUGUUGUGGCACCCAAGCACUCCGACAGAGAAGGAUAAACAUUGUAUGAAACUACAAAUCACAGAAUUCCAUAACAUUGAGCCAUGGCAAUUAAUGUAGUGUUAAAAAAAACUAUAAUUAUGCAGUGCAGAUUCAGCCUUAAUGCACUUAAUUAUGUGGCUGGCACAGGAUCUUGGCCUUAGUAAGUGCCUUCCAAUCCCUCCCCAUCCAUAAAAAGAUAUUCCAUGUAGACGUGUUUGAAGCAUAAAAUAAUCAGAAUGAAUAAAAACCUGGUAGAAGAGCAUAAAGUGCUUUGCCCUUUUCCAGGUAUGCUGCAUACUUUAUUCAGAUAUUUUGGACCACAACGUCCAUUAUAUCUGUAUCAUUGAUCGAUGUGUAGGAGUUGCGAUGGUGCAGUGGAUUAAAACCUUGUUCCAGCUGAACUGUUGACCUGAAGGUUGGGUUGCUGACCUGAAGGUUGCAGGUUCGAAUGUGUGAGAUGUAGUGAGCUCCCGUUUGCCAGCUCUAGCUCAUGGGGACAUAAGAGAAGCCUCCCAGCUAACUCAUCCCGGCGUCCCCUGGGUAAUAUGUCUUUAAACGGCCAAUUAUCACACACUAAAGGCAACUGAAUGUUGGCAGUUCAAAUCCGCAAGAUGGGUGAGCUCCCAUCUGUCAGCCCCAGCUUCACAUGCAGGGACAUGAGAGAAGCCUCCCACAGGAUGGUAACACAUCUGGGCAUCCCCAGGGCACAUCUGUGUAGAUGGCCGAUUAUCUCACAUCAGAAGCGACUUGCAGUACGUUCUCAAGUCGCUUCUGACAUGAUAAAAAACAUUGCUCAAUCUGCCUUCUGUGCCAAAGAGUACUGGUACUUCAUUAAACUACAAGUCCCAGGAUUUCAUAGCACUGAGGCAAGGCCAUUAGAGUGUUGUCAGACUGUAUUAAUUCUGCAGUGCAAAUGGACCCAUAGUCUACAAGAUAAGAUGGGAAAUCCUGUACUUUCAUUAUAAUUUCUCUGCAAUAGACUGAUAAAGCAAAGUACAAAUUGUGCUUAAUUUUAAACUCUAAAUUAACAGCCUGCAGAAAGGAAUAAAGAGUUCCUUCCACUGAUCAUUGCAAGUAUGUGUGUGAUGGGAGUAUUCUUACUCUAACCAUUUUUUUAAAAAUCUAGAGCAUCUGCUUGGUUAUCAUAAGCAUAAUUGUAUUUCUUGAGCUGCACUAGAAAUAAAGGCACCAUUAUUAUCCAGUUAUCCAUAUGAACUUUAUUGGUUAGAUAAAUAAGCUUCCAGCCGUACAGUAUCUAAUGUCCUGUCUUGUGCGCACAGUAUUUUGCCCAGGAAAUGGGCCCAGUAACAAUUUAUACACAGAUUAACAGUGAUAAACUUAUUUUGAAGCAAUGUAAUAUGUCAAGCGAGCCACUGUUUUUGCGAUUUUGUCCAGUCUCACUUGUAAGCUUCCUUGCAAUGCCACCAAUCUGUAAGAAAUGGAAUAAAAAUAUUUUCUUAGAUUAA